UUACGUCGGUAUCGGCUGUGCCGCCCAACCUCGGGCCUUAUUGAACGCAUUGAUGACUGGCUAUGAGUCAGUAUCAGGCUCAAAAUUAAUCAGCUCCGGAGGGAGACUGUGCGGAAGGAUGGCAAAGGCUGGUACGAUCCUGCCAUUUAUAAAAGGGAAGCCGCUGCGCGGGGUUGGCGUCUGUUGGAAUAGAGGGUUGAUGCUGGACCGCAAGUUAGUCUCUUCCCGAACCACCGUCAAUAUGAUGGCAGAGACUCCCCUCCAGCAGGGUGAAACCGUCCUUCCCAAUCUACCGCAGUACGAAAUGAAAGCAGAGCCGACGACGCCCAAGCGAAUGUUGAAGUCUCUGAAGCGAGCCUACAGUUCCUCGAUGGCUUGCAUUGAGACCCACAUGCGCCUCUCUUCAUACCAGAAUGUCCUCCAAAAGAAACUUGUCGUCAAAACAUUCACCAAAGAAGAUAGACAAGAGGUUAGAAAGAUAUGUGAAGAGCUCGUUUAUACAAUCCAGUAA